CCGCCGGUGCCGGUGCCGGUGCCGGGGCCGCCUCGGGGAAAGUUGCGGCGAGCCCCGGGCGGCGGAGGCAGCGCCGGUGGCCGCGGGCACCGCGAGCGGCGACACCGGGGCUGGGCGACACCGGCGGCACCGGCGGCGGCAGCGGCCGAGCAUCCCCCGGGGCGAUGGAGCCGCCGCGGAGCCUCCCGGGGCUGGAGCGGGAGCGGCCGGCGCUGGACGCGGCCGGGGGGUGCCCGUCCCCGCUCGACGCCAGGGCCGUGCCCGGCAGGAAGGUCUGGGUCAAGCUGCGGGCGCUGCUCCGUUUCCUGCUCAAGCAGCUCGAGGCGGGCGAGGUGAACGUGGAGGAGCUGAAGCGCAACCUGGAGUACGCGGCGUCGCUGCUCGAGGCCGUGUGCAUCGACGAGACCAGGUGCUGGACACGGAGGACGAGCUGCGGGACAUGGGCUCGGACGCGGCCGUGCCCUCCGAGGUGCGCGACUGGCUCGCCGCCACCUUCACGCAGCAGGCGCGGGCCAAGGGCCGCCGCGCCGAGGAGAAACCCAAAUUCCGCAGCAUCGUGCACGCCGUGCAGGCCGGCAUCUUCGUGGAGAGGAUGUUCCGCCGGAUGUACACGGCCGUGGGGCCGAGCUACUCCUCCUCCGUCCUCAACUGCCUGAAGGGCCUGGACCAGUGGUGCUUUGACGUGUUCUCGCUGCACCGCGCGGCCGAGGAGCACUCGCUGCGCACGGUGGUGUUCGAGCUCUUCACCCGCCACAACCUCAACAGCCGCUUCAAGAUUCCCGGCGCGUUCCUGACGUCGCUGCUGGAGGCGCUGGAGGGCGGCUACGGAAAGUUCCGGAACCCCUACCACAACCAGGUGCACGCGGCCGACGUCACCCAGACCGUGCACUGCUUCCUGCUGCGCACCGGCAUGCUGCACUGCCUGUCCGAGAUCGAGCUCCUGGCCAUCGUCUUCGCCGCCGCCAUCCACGACUUCGAGCACACGGGGACAACGAACAGCUUCCACAUCCAGACCAAGUCGGACACGGCCAUCCUGUACAACGACCGCUCGGUGCUGGAGAACCACCACAUCAGCGCCGUGUUCCGCCUGAUGCAGGACGAGGAGCUCAACAUCUUCGUCAACCUCACCAAGGACGAGUUCGUCGAGCUGCGGGCGCUGGUCAUCGAGAUGGUCCUGGCCACCGACAUGUCCUGCCACUUCCAGCAGGUCAAGUCCAUGAAGACGGCGCUGCAGCAGCUGGAGAGGCUGGACAAGGCCAAGGUGCUGUCGCUGCUGCUGCACGCGGCCGACAUCAGCCACCCCACCAAGCAGUGGGCGGUGCACAGCCGCUGGACCAAGGCGCUCAUGGAGGAGUUCUUCCGGCAGGGGGACAAGGAGGCCGAGCUGGGGCUGCCCUUCUCGCCCCUCUGCGACCGCACCUCCACGCUGGUGGCCCAGUCGCAGAUCGGGUUCAUCGACUUCAUCGUGGAGCCGACGUUCUCGGUGCUCACCGACGUGGCCGAGAAGUUGGUGACGCCACUGCCCGAGGACGGCUCCAAGGCCAAGGGCAACCCCGGGGCCACCCAGCAGCCCAGCUCGCAGUGGCGGCAGCCGUCCCUGGAUGAGCACCUGGAGGACAUCAAGGCCGACCUGGCCGGGUUCCGCUCCACCUGGACCAAGCACAUCCAGGAGAACAAGCAGAAGUGGAAGGAGAGGGCGGCCAGCGGCAUCACCAACCAGGCAUCCAUCGAUGAGCUGUCCCCGUGCGAGGAGCCCGUGGCCACCACCGGGACCGGGACCCACAGCGAGAACGGGGACGUGGAUUAGCGGGGGGAGGAGCCAGGUCCCUGUCCAGCCGAGUGACACCGUCUCAGUGACACCGUCUUGUCUUCGAUGCCAUCGAGUUCAGAACCAUCUGUGCCAGGAGCCCCCGGGGCCGGGCUCGGAUCGGUGUCACCCCUGUGCCAGGCCCGGUGUCACCACUGUGCCAGGCCCGGUGUCACCUCUGUGCCAGGCCUGGUGUCACCGCCAUGCCAGGCUUGGUGUCACCACUGUGCCAGGCUUGGUGUCACCACUGUGCCAUGAUCGGUGUCACCCCUGUGCCAGGCCCAGUGUCACCUCUGUGCCAGGCCUGGUGUCACCACCAUGCCAGGACUGGUGUGACCGCUGUGCCAGGCCUGGUGUCACCGCCGUGCCAGGAGCCCCUCGGGCUGUCCCCUCUGUCCCGGUGUCACCGGUCCCUCACUGCCACCCCCGGCCUCCCACACCGGGCUCGGUCCUUUGGGAUUUUUAAAAACGCUUUUCCUGCUCGGGAGGGGCUGGGGCGGGGACGGUGGCACUGGGGACAGCUGGGGGGACACACUGGGGACAGCCGGGGGGACACACUGUCACCACCAGUGCCACCGUGCUCCCCUUGGUGUGGUGGUGAUACCAUGAGGGUGGCACUGUGCCCUGUCCGCAAUACCCCUGGGGACAGAGAUGGGGACAAGAUCAGGGACAGGAACAGGGAUGGGGACGGGGACAGGAGAGGGGACAAGGACAGGGACAAGGGACAGGGACAGGGACAGGGACAGGGACAGGGACAGGGACAGGGACAGGGACAGGGACAGGGACAGGGACAGGGAGGUCCCAUCCAGAGUGGCGGGGGUGGCACUGGGGACAGGGAGUGGCAGCGACAGGGACGGAUCCCUCUCUGGUGUCCCCCCAGCUCUGGUGUGUCCCUGGAAUGUCCCCGGAUCCUGUGACAUCCCAGGAGUGCUCGGGAAUGCUGGGAAUCUUUGGGAAUGUUCCGGAAUGUUCCAGAAUGCUCCCACAUCCUGGUCCGGCCACCACCUCCAGCUCCAGUGAGCCCCGGGAACCCCGGAAUGCUUGGGGAAUCCAUGGAUUCAAUCUCAGAUCCGGGAAUACUCCAGAAUCCUGGAUCUAGGCUUGGAAUCUUCCAGAAUCCUGGUUUUGGCCUUGGGAAUGUCCCAGGAUCCCAAAUCCAGCCUUGGGAUCUUCCAAGGGAAGAUACCAAACUGAGUUUCAGGAAUGUUCCGGAAUCAUGGAUCCAGCCCUGGGAAUGCUCCAGAAUCGUGGAUCGGGCCCCAGGAUUGUUCCAGGAUCCCAGAUUCGGGAAUGUUCCAGAAUCACGGAUCUGGGAAUGUUCCAGAAUCCCGGAUCCACCCUUGGAAUGUUCCAGAACCCAGGACCCGCUGCCCCCCCACCGAGCACCCUCCGCCCUCCCGGAUUCCCAGGAUGCCCCGCCCCCCCCCGGGAAUGUUCGGGAAUGUCCCGGGAAUGCUCAGGAAUGUUCGGGAAGGCCCGGACCCCCCCCAGCCCCUCCCACUCCGACCCCGGCCCCGCCCCCGUGUUUGUAUUUUUGUACCCCGCGUCCCCUCCGUGUCCCCUCCCCAUGUCACCUCUGUGUCCCCUCCGUGUCCCCCCCUCGGUCACCGCUGGCAGAGCUCCCCCCACCCCCCGCAUGUGUCCCCCCCGCACCGCCGCCGCUAACGAGCAAUUAAUUAUUAAUUAAUGAGUUAAUUAAUAAACGCCGCCGUCGCCACCA